AUGGCAAGCAACACGGAUCUUAGAAGUGUGAUCAUCUGUGUCCUCCUACUGGGGCUAGUUCUCGAGCAGGUCCAAGUGGAGGGAAUUGGCAAGAUUUGCUGCAAGAGCAGCCGGAGCAGAAUGUGCUACAGGAUGUGCCGUUACGAUCGUGAUUUACCGCCAAGGUGCGCAUCUAGGUGUGAUUGCAAAAUCAUAAGUGGAGAUUCGUGCCCAGGGGACUUCCCUGCAUUGCACAGACACUUUGAGUAUGUUUAUAACGGUGAAGAGAAGAAAAAUGGCCUGGAACUCUGCGGCGCUGCAUGUGCCAGUUUCUGUGACAAGAUCGUCGUCAGUGCAUCCGUUGCAGCCUAA